AUGAAGACUGUACUUAUGGUAGCAGAGAAGCCUUCCCUGGCUCAGUCAAUCGCCAAAUUUCUCUCUAAGGGACAUAUGAAGACGAGAAAGGGGCUCAAUGGAGCUUGUUCAGUACACGAGUAUGACGGACAGUUCAACAAAGAGCCGGUGAAAUUUAAAAUGACCUCUGUGUGUGGGCACGUAAUGACCUUGGAUUUCCAUCACAAGUUCAAUAACUGGGACGCUGUUAAUCCUCAGGAACUUUUCACGGCAGCAACGCUGAAGAAAGAGGCAAACGAAAAACUGCAAAUGCCUAGAUUCUUGCAGCAGGAGGGAAAAGGCGUCGAUUACAUUGUUCUGUGGUUGGAUUGCGACAAAGAAGGGGAGAACAUCUGUUUUGAGGUGCUGGAUUGCGUCAGGCCUGUUAUGAAUAAGAAAUCAGGCAACAAGAAUGUAUUCCGUGCGAAGUUUUCUGCCAUAACAGAGACUGACAUUUGCAAUGCCAUGCAUCGUUUAAGCGAGCCUAAUAGGAAUGAGGCUAGGUCAGUUGAUGCUCGGCAGGAGCUGGACCUAAGGAUUGGUUGUGCAUUUACGCGAUUUCAGACAAAGUACUUCCAGGGGAAAUAUGGUGACUUGGAUAGUGGGCUGAUUUCUUAUGGCCCCUGUCAGACACCCACUCUAGGCUUUUGUGUGGAACGUCACGACCAGAUACAGUCGUUCAAACCUGAACCUUUCUGGGUACUUAAAACCCAGGUACUCCACCCAAGUGGUCAGACCUUGCAGCUUGACUGGGACAGGGGUCGACUGUUUGAUAAAGAGGUAGCUGUCAUGUUUCAAAAAGCUGUCAAGUCAUCAAGGUCAGCAACUGUGGUUGGUGUUUCCAAAAAGGAGAAAUCCAAACAAAGGCCCAUUGCUUUAAACACUAUUGAAAUGUUACGUAUGGCUUCUUCAGGGCUUAAUAUGGGUCCCCAGCACUGCAUGCAAAUAGCAGAGAGGCUUUACACACAAGGCUACAUCAGCUACCCUCGUACAGAAACAACUCACUACCCAGAGAAUUUUGAUCUGAAGGGAACUCUCCGACAGCAGCAGACAAACUCCAGCUGGGGUUCAUCUGUACGAGAACUUCUAGAGCAGGGUAUUAACAAGCCAAGGAAGGGGCAUGAUGCUGGUGACCAUCCACCCAUAACACCAAUGAAGCCUGCGAGUGAAACUGAGCUGGGGAGUGAUGCAUGGAGAUUAUAUGAGUUGAUCACAAGAUCUUUUAUAGCCAGUGUCAGCUAUGACUGUAAAUACUUGCAAACAACAGUGAAGUUUUCAAUUGAGCAGGAGGCCUUUUCAUUCACUGGUAAAGCUGUGACCAACCCAGGCUUCACGUCUGUGAUGGACUGGCAGGCAAUUUCCAGUGAUGAACGGAUGCCUCAUUGUCAGCAGCAUGAUUCAUAUCAAAUUGCAGAAGUGAAACUUGAAGAAAGACAAACUUCACCUCCUGAUUACCUCACAGAGAGUGAGCUCAUUUCACUGAUGGAGAAGCACGGUAUUGGAACAGAUGCAAGUAUUUCUGUUCACAUUAAUAACAUCUGUGAAAGAAACUAUGUCCAGGUACUCAGUGGUCGAAAGCUUCAACCAACCCCUCUUGGAAUUGUGUUGGUACAUGGCUACCAAAAAAUUGAUCCUCAGCUUGUUCUACCCACCAUGCGAUCAGCUGUUGAGCAGCAAUUAAACCUAAUUGCUGUUGGGAAGGCAGAAUUUGAUUCUGUUUUGCAACAUGCCAUUGGAAUCUUCACAGAUAAAUUUGUUUAUUUUGUGCAAACCAUCACAAGCAUGGAUGAGCUUUUUGAAGUAUCAUUUACUCCACUCAAAGAUACUGGCAAGGCCUUGUCAAGGUGUGGCAAAUGUAACAGGUAUAUGAAGUACAUCAGUGCUAAACCAACGCGCCUGCAUUGUGCCAACUGUGAUGAGACAUAUAGUCUUCCGCAAAAUGGAAGCAUCAAACUGUACAAGGAACUGAAGUGUCCCUUGGAUGAGUUUGAGUUGGUGUUGUGGUCUACUGGAGGGAGGGGAAAGAGUACCUUAGUUUGUCCUUACUGCUACAACCAUCCGCCCUUCUCAGAAAUGCGGAAAGGUAUGGGCUGUAAUCAGUGUACACAUCCCACAUGUGCCCACUCUGAGGUGAGUCUUGGCAUAGCUGACUGCACUGAGUGUGAUAAUGGAAGCCUUGUGCUUGAUCCAACCUCAGCUCCCAAGUGGAAACUUGCUUGUAACAGAUGUAAUCUGGUGAUACAUGUAUUUGAAGAUGCAUUUCGAGUGAGUGCCACAGAUCAGGGGUGUGAAUGUGGGACAACUCUUCUGAACAUUGAUUUCAACCGCACCAAGUCACCACUGCCUGAUGAAAAGACCCAACAUGUCGGUUGUCUCUUCUGUGAUCCACUGCUUGCACCUCUGGUCAAAAUGUCCCAUGCAGCAUCAAAGCACCCCAUGUACAGAGGAGGGCGAGGCAGAGGAGGAAGGCGUGGCAGGGGUGGUAGGAGAGGAAAGGGCAGAGGUAGACCCAAGGACAAAAUGUCACAGCUUGCAUCAUACUUUCUGUGA